AAAGUUCAAGGUACAAGAGCAAUCUCAGCCCCCGUGCCUUAUCCAAGUUUAGUAAAAAUAUCCGACCGCAACGCCAAAACAUGGCAUUUCUUUGCUUUCUUCGCACCGGUCAUUAUCACGUACCGCGGAGGCAAUGUAUAAAAUCAGCACUUUUGCGGCCGUGCCGUUUGGACCAUAGCACCAGUUGGAAAGCAGAGCGGCGUCAGUGGUUUGGGUGGUUUUGUUGAGGUUGCUCCAGUGGUGUAAUGAUCAUCAUGCGCGCACUCGUAGCAACAGUUCUCCUGAUUACGGUUGUCCUAGUGUCGAUUGUUCUAAUUAGUGCCAACUCGAGGCACGUGCGUGAUACUGAAACGGUUAGCCAAAAUGAUGAUGGAAAGUCGGCCGAGGUAAAUGAAUUGGAGUUGGAAGUUACCACAAAUGGAUCCUUCGAAGAAAAUGAGCGAAUGGGUCUCAAUCCAGAGGAGGAACGAAAGGCUUACGAAUUUGAGGAACCAUUGGUGGGAGUUGUAAAGGAUUCUGAGAGUAGCACACUGAUUAACGCAAUCAGGAAAGCGGGAUCGACAGACGAGGAUGAUAACGCAGAAACAGUUGAUCAUGUUGAAGAGGAACAGCCUGAGUCAGAAUUAGAGAUCGAAGACGGAGAGGAAGAAGAAAUUAUAGUUUUGCAUAAAAGCCAUAGUAUUGAUCCCUCUGAAGUCUAUGAAGGCGUUAAUACCGAGGAUGUUUUUGUAAGUGCCAAGCAGACCGAAAGUUCUGAGCAAGUCAUGGAGCAUUCCCCUGCUACCCAUGUUCUGACAUCCGGUGAAGAGUACUAUGUUAGAAAUCCUGCAGUUGAAGAUGACACCAAAAAGAAAGUAAAAGAGGAAUCUCAAGAACAAUAUCAUGAUCCACAAAGCGUAGCUGGAAUGAAGGUGCGACCUAAAGAGAAUUUAUGGGGAAGUCGAAAAACUUCACCCGUUCCAGAGCGACAAACUCCUCUCGGGUAUGAACCCGAAAGUUACGUCGUAGUAAACGAAGAAACGUAUAGCACGACAACAAAACGAGUGGAUGAUUUCUCUGAAGCUGAUGAUAUGACAUCCGCCAGUUCGAGCAUCAGCAUCCGGCCGUUGGAGAGAAGGCAGCGAGCUGCUGUGGGUAAUCCUGAAACCAUUGUUUUGAACCGGGCCCCUAUUGUUCCGCACAUUGAAGAUGAAUAUCCUGACCGGGGAUGCCCUCAUUUGUUCCCACCACUAUUAUCGCCUAGAUUCAGCAAAAAUGUGGAACACCCCGUCCCUCCGAGCUAUCCAGGAAUGGCUUCCAUCUACAAUCCUCACAACUGGGACACGCAGAAUAUGAAUCUGCUGCGCUUCCCGCAGUGUGCGUCUUGUCAGCGAAAGCGCCAUGCCCUGUGCCGGACCUGUGGGAGAUGCAGCGAUUGCUGCCUCCAUAGCGGGUGUACUUGCGGGUGUCUUCAUUCAUGAGCUGAUUUUACCGAAUGUGGGAGUGUCGUUCUGUUGUAAUUAAA